AGUGCUAAAGAAGCUCGUUCGGCGGCUGCAAGACCUGUGAGACGUCUUUUCUGUGCCUGCUAGUUGUCUUUAGUAGAGGUGUGCUGUAGUGACCAUUCUUUGCUAUACCAGGGAAAGCUACAUUUUACUGUCAAGAUGUUCGAGGAGGCUAGUGAGGUGUUCGAAAACAUGUUGAAGUCUUCUUUUCCUUUGACUAUUAUUGUAUUUCUUCCAGCGGUUCUCAUUUUAGUAUCUCCUCUCCCAGCAGAGGCUGCUCAUGAGUUUACAGUUUAUCGCAUGCAACAGUACGACCUACAGGGUCAGCCUUAUGGAACACGAAGUGCAGUGUUGAAUACAGAAGCGCGAACUGUCCAGGCGGAUGUCUUAAGUCGACGAUGUGUGAUAAUGCGACUAAUAGACUUCUCAUAUGAUAAGUACCAGAGUGCUUUGCGGCAGUCAGCAGGUGCUGUGGUGAUUCUCCUUCCAAAGAAUGUGUCAACACUGCCUCAAGAUAUUGUACAGCACUUUAUAGAGAUCGAGCCAGAGCUCAUCGCUACAGAGACUGUUGUCCCAGUUUACUUUGCUGUAGAAGAUGAAGAAUUGCUCUCUAUAUAUGAGCAGACUCAGGUGGCAUCUGUCUCCCAAGGCUCAUCAUCUGCUGCAGAAGGUGCGAUCCACACAGUUAGCAGCUCAGGUUUUCAGAAGAUGGGGACUGCUGCGACCUCCAGAGACAUUUCAAAUUAUGCAGUUUUCUUUACCUUCCCACAGGGUAGACUUUCUGGCCUGGGUGGCGAGGAUCUUCCUACCAUCGUUAUUGUUGCACACUACGAUUCUUUUGGAGCAGCACCAUGGUUGUCUUACGGCGCCGAUUCCAAUGGCAGUGGAGUGACUGUUUUACUAGAACUGGCCAGGCUGUUUUCCAAACUCUAUACCUACAAACGCACACAUGCAGGGUACAAUCUCCUGUUCUUUGUGUCAGGUGGUGGAAAGUUUAAUUAUCAAGGGACCAAACGAUGGCUAGAGGAUAGUUUGGAUCACACAGACUCGAGCCUUUUGCAAGAUAAUGUUGCCUUUGUUCUUUGCCUUGAUACAUUGGGAAACACGGAUAAUCUUCAUCUUCAUGUCUCCAAACCCCCAAAGGAGGGCACUCUGCAGCACACCUUCCUCAAGGAACUGGAAACGGUAACUGCAAAACAGUUUCCAGAAGUUAAAUUUUCAAUGGUACACAAAAAGAUCAACUUAGCAGAGGAUAUACUGGCCUGGGAACAUGAACGUUUUGCUAUAAGACGACUCCCAGCUUUCAGUGUCUCUCACUUGGAAAGCCAUCGCAGCAGCUUAAGAAACAGCAUCAUGGAUGUGCGGGGACAGGUGGAUAUUCGGAAGCUAAGUAGGAACACUCAGAUCAUUGCUGAAGCUUUGGCCAGAGUUCUUUUCAACCUCACUGAAAAGGGCACACCAGGACAUCAUCAGCUGUUCACAGAGUCCAUGAUUCAGCAGGAAGAGCAGUUGUCCUCUUUAAUGGACUGGUUAACAUCUCAGCCUAGGGCUGCACAGCUGGUGGAAAAAGACAGCAGUAUUAUCAGCACUUUGGAAUAUUAUAUGGGACGGUAUCUCAAGGAUGUUAAGCAGCAUCAUGUUAGGGCAGAUAAAAGGGAUCCAGAAUUUGUGUUUUAUGAUCAGCCAAAACAGAUGAUGAAUGCAUAUAGGGUAAAGCCAGCAGUUUUUGAUCUGCUUUUAGCAGUGUGCAUAGCAGCUUACCUUGGAGUAAUGUAUCUGACGAUUCAGAAUUUUGGUGUUUUCUACAGUUCUGUGAGGAAGCUGGCACUGAAACCCAAGCAUCAUUAACUGUACUCAAAAUACAACUUUUCUGGCAUGUCUUGAUGAACAGAACAUAAGCAAAACUGAGCCAAAAUUAAUCCCAACUGUUUUAUUUUUUGUUUGGUCCCGUUUUUAUAACGCAUCACCCAGUUCUUUCCUGGCCAGAAUGUUUUUGUUGCUGCUUGGCUGUUUGAUCUGUCUUGAAAAGAAGAGAGUUUCAUCUGUUUGGGUGAGAUGAAAGGCAGAUGCCAUCCCUGCCAAAGCAUUUACGUGGUGUAGGAAUGCAGUUUUCUUUUAAUUGAAGCUAAGAGACCUGAAUUAAAUCUUUUCUUUAUGCUGUUUCUUACUGAAGUACGAAUUCAUAAGCUGCAAAGCAGAAAUACGUGAGAGACUGAAAUCCAAAGAUACUGAACCUAUUGUGUAAUGCCAAGUUUUGCAACAAUUUUACUGUGCUGAAGUGUAGCCUGUUGUAAUCUAGGCAUGGCUAUGAUGAUGAUGAUUAAUGGAGGAAUGUAUUUAUUAAACCUGGGACAGUU